AUGGAGCCCAGACAGGCGGACGUGUCCAUCCCACUGCAGUCCUCCGGGUGGGGAGCGGCCGCCCCCGGCCCCCGGUCCGACCCGCAGCCCCGGGACUACGUGCUGUGGUCGUUGUUCAAUGUGCUGCUGUGGUGCUUGCUGGGCGGGCUGGGCUGCCUCGGCUUCCCACCGCUCGUCUUCUCCAUCAAGGCCCGUGACUGCAAGUUCCUGGGGGACCUGGAGGGUGCCCGGCGUCACAGCGACCGCGCCAGGGUGGCGAACAUCAUCUGCUCCGUGGUGGUCGUCGUCGUCUUGGUGAUCUUCAUCACUGCCUUCAUCAUUAUGGCUUCCACACUCCGGGCCACCUGACCACCCACCGCCCGGCCACACCCGCGGGGUGCUUCCCCCCCUCCUCCUGCCUCCAAAAUGUGCCCGUGCGGGGCAGGGGGGCGGAGGGAGUGACCCCCGGUCCCCUCGCUGCCCACACCGCGGGUGUCCCCGCACAGCCGCGGGAGGGGACGUGGCGGCCAGGUUGGGGGCAGCCCCCCGCCCCGCUUUGCUCGGCUCACGCGUUUCCCGGCUCUUGUGACACACCUGUCAGCGUUGCCACCAAUAAAGUUCGUCCCGCCAAA